AUGGAAGCAGACAAGGUCACAGAAGAGCCUCAUAGCACCAUGGAUACAGAGGAGCACGCCUCUUCAAAGGACCGCUCUGCCGAAGAUUCCCAGGCCCCUGUAGAGACCCACACCUCCAAAACCUCUUUGAAAACUUCCAUCUCUGAGACCCCUUUAGAAGUCCACACUUCUGAAUCGCCUAUGGUUCCAUCCACUUCCCAGGCCCCUUUAGAGACCUAUACCUCUGAAACCCUUUUGGAGCCCUCUAUCUCUGAGACCCCUGUAGGAUACUCUGAGAACCCUUUGGAAACCCCUAUGCCUGAGACCCUGUUGGAGACUCUCAUCUUUAAGGACCCAGAGAAACAUGUUUUUUCUCAUACCUCAUCACAAGACCAUGUUCCUGUAUCUUCCCCUGAUACUCUGGAGGAAGACCUCUUUAAGUAUUCUCCCAAUGAGGUCUUGUGGAGAAGGAAGUCCAGCCAGAUCUCUGAGUAUGAGAGCCUUCAAAAGCACUCCCUUUCAAGCCCUUCAGCCCCGGUCCACCUGGACACAUCUGCAAAGGAAGAGGAAGAGGAAGGAGAGGACAAGAAGCAGGUGGAGGCCACUGACAGCAGUGCACACACAGCUCAGCCAGGACAACAGCCGGGCAACACAGCCCACCCAGUGGUCCCUGCCAAGCAAACAGAGCUGGUGGAAGUGGCUAAGGCAAGGCCCAGAGAGAAGUUCGGUGCUCAGAUGAACUAUCUUUUCCAAUGGGAGAAGAAUGCAGCCCUGAGUGCCAUCCAGACAGGUCUCUACAUUGGCUGGCGCUGCCCCCAUUAUCUAUGGGACUGUUUCCGGAUUGGAGAUGAGUCCAAAUGCUUUUGUGGACACUUGCUGAAAGAGCACCAGAUCAUCUCAGACAUAUCCGUGCCCUGCAAUGUGGGCCAAUGUCGCUGCCUCAUGUUCUGCUUUAUCCCAUCACGCCCAGAGGAGGUGGGUGAGUUCUGGCUCAAAAGACGAGCUACCUUUGACCCCAAGGCCUGGAGGGCCCAAUGUCGCUGCAAACACAGCCAUGAAGAGCACACAGCUACUGGGUCCCAUCCCUGCAGGGUGAAAGGCUGUUGCUGCAAUUGCUUUGAGUCUAAUUUCCUCUGUGCGGCCUGUGACCGUCGCUGGGAGGAACACGAGACUUUCUUUGAGACUGAGGAGACCCGGCGACGAGGAGGGAGGCCUCAUGGCACAGACACUAUCAACACCUGGCGCAGGCCUCGUUGAACCUGGCUCAAAUCAUCAAUAAAAG